AGGAACUUAUUUCGUGAUGAGUUCGUCGUCGUCGCCCUCGUUCCGGUGGCUCGACGAUGACGGAUCAAACCUUCACUAUGCCAUCUGUGAAAAGGAAGGAGAUUGUGAUGGGGUCCCACAUACCAACUACACGUACGGUGGGUCCUGCUUUUACGUCUAUCCUUUCCCUGACACCUUCCUGUUGAUGAAAUCAAUUUGCGAGACUCAUGGAAUGCAUCUGGUCUCGAUAGGAUCCGAGGAAGAGCAAGACUUCUUGGUGUCUAUUCUUCCAGACAUUAGCUCAGAUUACUGGAUAGGAUUAGACAAUAUCACCUGGCAAGACGGCUCACAGAUGAUCUUUAACAGUUUCAAAGGAUCUUUUGAUUUCGAUCUAGGGGGAACCUGUUUUAUGAUGGUAACAGAGCAUCUAGAAUGGUUUGAUCUUACAGACGACACUUCAAACGAAGGGUAUUACAUUUGUGAAAGAGAAGGCAGUGAGUAAUGAAAUUUCGUUUACAAAGAGAAUAAUUAGCCUAGUUGUAUUUAUAUAUUAUAUAUCCGAUAUUAGGUCGCCGUGUUAGCAUGAUAUGAUAACGCAAAAGAUGAUGACGAAGAGAAGAUUGGUGCUUUAAAUCCAGCAGUUUUUAUUAGGCAACAUAUUUUUUAAGUUACCCAAUGUCUUUAUCAAGACUAUGACAAACAUUAAUAAUAUCAACUAGGCGUUGUGGUG